CAGAUGGAGACAGAAAAUGAAUAUAAUCUAAGUAAAUUUAAGCGAAAAUAUUUGUAGAGUUUUGAACUUAUAUAUGUUAUACACAUAUCCUCUAGCGUAGUACUCACUACUCCACACAAGAAAAAGUGUAGUAAGAUGAGCAACCGAUUAUUGUAUGCGACCCUUGUGCUAGCUUUCUACCUCUCGUGUUACUAUGCUCUUGCUCAGACUGAAAAUUUCAAUUUGCCACUCAAAGCUGUGAAUCUUGGAAAUUGGCUCGUUAUUGAGGGGUGGAUGAAACCUUCUCUCUUUGAUGGAAUACCCAAUAAAGAUCUUUUGGAUGGAACUCAAGUGCAGUUAAUGUCCACCAAGUUACAGAAAUAUCUCUGUGCAGAAAAUGGGGGAGGAAGUAUUGUUGUUGCCAACCGCACCAGAGCUUCGGGUUGGGAAACCUUCAGGUUGUGGAGAGUCAAUGAAACGGCCUUCAAUUUUAGAGUUUCCAGUAAGCAAUUUGUGAGAUUGACAAAUCAAGAUGAAGGAAACAGUCUGGUGGCUGAUUCUGAUUCACCGAGCGACAGGGAAACGUUUGAGAUUGUGAGGAAUGAUGAUGAACCAAACAGGGUUCGCAUCAGAUCACCAAACGGUCUGUUUUUACAGGCCAUAUCAGAGACUGUGGUACUUGCAGAUUACGAAGGAUCCAGUUGGGAUGAUAAUGACCCUUCGGUCUUCAAGAUGAAUGUUUUGACGGGAAGCAUUAUAAGAGGGGAAUACCAAAUUACAAAUGGUUAUGGUCCAGACAAAGCUCCCAAAAUCAUGCAGGAUCAUUGGAACACGUAUAUCACCGAAGAUGAUUUCAAGUUCAUGUCAGAAAAUGGCUUAAAUGGUGUCAGAAUUCCCGUGGGGUGGUGGAUAGCUCAAGACCCAACACCACCAAAGCCGUUUGUAGGGGGAUCCUUGGAAAAGCUGGACAAUGCCUUCACAUGGGCAGAAAAGUAUGGAAUUAAGGUAAUUGUGGACCUGCAUGCUGCUCCAGGCUCACAGAACGGAAAACCUCACAGUGCCUCUAGAGAUGGAUAUCUAGAAUGGGGUGAUUCAUACAUAUCUGAAACUGUGGCUGCCAUAGACUUCCUAGCCGAAAGAUAUGCAAACAGAUCAGGUCUGGUAGCAAUUGAGCUGAUGAAUGAGCCUCAAGGUGUAAAUUUGGAAAGCCUUAAAAGGUAUUAUCAAGCAGGUUAUGACACGGUUCGAAAACACACGUCGAGUGCCUAUGUGAUAAUGUCUAACCCUCUGGAUAGAGAAUCAAAAGUGCUUUUGUCCUUUGCUGGGGCUUUCAGUAAAGUGGCCAUUGACGUGCACUACUACAAUCUCUUUUCGGAUAGGUUCUCCAAUAUGAAUGUGCAGCAGAACAUCGAUUAUAUCAGAAAACAAAGAGCUUCGGAUCUUAGUUCUCUCACCACAUCUGAUGGACCCCUCAUUUUUGUAGGGGAGUGGAGUGGUGAUUGGAAAGUUCAGGGAGCAUCAAGGAAGUCAGCAAAAAUUUAUGAAACCCAGUUGGAGGUAUACUCUGGUGCCAAAUUUGGAGUGUUACGGGCAUACAAGUGUGACUCUAACUCCUGGAGCAUCAAGUGGAUGAUACAAAACGAUUAUGUUAAGUUUAGUUAGUGUGGCCUAUGCUCAAAAAAGAGUAUUGGGUAUCCAAAUGAAACUGUAAUUUACAAAAAUAAGAAAAACACAACCAAUAUAGGAAGUUCGUCAAAUACUUAGUCACUUCAAAAACUACAUCCUAGUACUUAAUUGUAUGCAUAAUGUUGCUUCCUUCAAAUCUUGAAUUUUUAUACAUUAUCUUGA